AUGGACACACGUAGCCAAAGCAGCACAAGAAACUACCGGUCUAAACGGUCCCCAAUUCCUUUCGCGAUUGUAGGACAAAUCAAAGAUCACAUUCAACCCAAAUGCAACAAUCAACCUCCCAAACGAAAAAUUAGCGAAAUAUCUUGCGAUGAUGUCCAAAGUUUUGCAGUAUCCCAAUCAUCAUCAAGCACUGUAGAUAUUACUGAUGAUUUUGCGGAAAUUGAAGAGAUGUUUGAACAACAACCAUCGUCUCCUCCUCCGAUACCGAACUUGAACAACGAUGUGAUUGCAUAUGAGCUUGAGAGGUUGCGAAAAGAAAAUGCAGAGAUGAAACAGCAAAUUCAAGCACUGCGUGAAAGUUUAGAUUGUGUUUAUUCGUUUAUAAAUAAUGCGGGAAAAGGAUUUGCAGUUUUUGCUGAUAAAUUUAAAACGUUAAAAAAUCCUUGCAACAAUCAAUAA